UUUUAGAAGAGAAUAUAAUAUCCUUAAGGGUUUACGCCUUGAAACAGAAACAACCAAACAAUAUCCUCUUUCUUUUAUCAAGGCUCAGAAUUUAAUUUUCAACGUGUGGCCCACAGUAGUAACCGUUUCUUGGAAGGUAUAAAUGAAGGUGUUAGUAUGUUUGAUAUUAAUCAGCGUUUCCUGGGUCACAAACCAAAAUCUUAACUGCGACUGUGGAAGGAGUAACAUGAAAAAGAUCAUCAACGGAAAGUCGACCAAUAAGAACGAGUAUCCUUGGAUGGUGCACCUGAGCAACGGAUGCGGUGGAUCGAUCAUCACCGAAUAUCACGUCCUCACGGCGGCGCAUUGCACUGAUAAAAAGGAGCCCGAGGACAUCCAAGUUUAUGUUGGAAUGGGUUUCAGAAAUAAGGAGAAAAAAGAGAAAAUGAUAAAAUAUGGUGUAUCUCGGAUUGAUCAGCAUGAGGACUUUAAGAGUGGUACACUCAAGGAUGAUAUAUCAAUCCUUGUCACUUCUCAACGAAUAACUUUCAACAAAUUUAUCGGCCCAGUCUGUAUGCCAUAUACACCAUUCGAACUUGAAGGAAAGCUCGUCAAAGUCACAGGUCUGCUUGAAAUUAAAGAUGAUGACGAAGUGGACCUGAAAGAUAUAAAUAAUGAAGAAUGUAAAGAAAGCAGGUCAAUGAUCCACGAUACAACUCAGAUUAGUGCAUACGCUCUUGGUAAUGACUCUUAUAUCGGUGAGCCAGGCGCUGGUUUGGUAUACAAGGAUCCUCACACCGAAAGGUUCACUCAAGUUGCUGUAGUGUCCUUCUUACCGAAAGCAUGUGGAAAUGAUUCUAAACUAUCAAUCAACACUCAUGUAUUUGCUUAUAUGGAUUGGAUCCAACAAGCUGUAGAAAGAAGCCAGCCUGGAACGAAGCUUUGCAAAAAAGUAUUGGGAAGACCCGAGAAAUCUGAAGCUAGGCGAAGAAGCAGGAUUCAUGAAACAUUAAAAGAAAAUAGAGAAGAUAAUGACGAACAUUUUUCAUCUUCAGUUGUUUUAUCUAAUACCACGAUUAACGUGGUUUUUCGAGAUGGCACAGAAAUUCUCAAUACUUCAGAUCUUUUAAGGAUAAAUCCAAAUAAAAAUAAUAAUCCUGAAGAAAUAGAUGAGAAGCCAAGAAAUAAUUAUGGAAAAAAAUCUAAUAGGCCUGGGGAAAGACUUGAAAGGUCUGCACCUGACCAGAAUCAUCUUCCAUAUUUGCCCAGUGGUCCAGGAAAUGAACGUGAUUACUCUCAAUAUUACCCCUCCCAAAUAGGCAUCAGCUACCGUGACCUUAACACUAGCAACCCUGAUUCUACCAGAAUUAAUAACACUCAUUUUACUGGAAAUGCCAGUAUUGGCUCAAAUGGUACUGAAGCUAGCUCUCAAGCAGCUGGAAAUAAUACUCGUUAUUAUCCUCCUUACCCUCCAUAUUAUCCUGCUUACGCUUCAAUAAAUGAUGACACGUUUGAUGAAACUGACAGAAAUAUUUCUCAUCCGCAAGAUAAGUGCCGCGUUUACCCCCCACCAUGCCCUGGCUUCCCUGGGUGCCCUCCGUAUUGCCCCCAAAACCCAUGUUGCUGCCCGGGUUAUUACCCUCCAUGCGAUUGCACUGGUUACUCAUACACCUGCCCUACUAACCCAUGCUGUUGCAAAGGAUUUUAUCUUCAAGGCCAACAAAAGUGUGGUUGAUAUAGAGAUUAAUCUAAUUUAAAACUCUAUAAAGUUUUCUUAAAUAUAUUAAAUCAAAGUUUUACAAUAUCGAUCUAUCCCUUUUCAUGAAUUUUGAAACCGCUUUCGGUGGAAUGUUAUAUGCAACAGUGUUUGUCUAUGUCUUCACUAAUCAUAAUCGAAAUUAAAUGGUUUAUAUAUAUAUAUAUAUAUAUAUAUAUAU